GGCGGGGCUCGGCCCGCGGCGGCGGCGGCAAAGGGGCGGAGGGGUUCUCUGCCAGCAGUUGCCAAGCUGCUGCGGUCGUGGCGGGAUGGUAUAGCUGAGCCUGAGGGCGGGCGGCGGGGUGCGGGCGGGGGCGAGGCGGCCGGGAACGGCCGACGCCGCCUGACUGGCUUGGGAGCAGCGGUAGCAAGCUGAGGGGGCGUCGCCGCCGCCGGCCCCCGGCGCCGCCGCGGGAGGCCGCGCCCGCCAUGGCGGCCCGGGCGGUACUGGACGAGUUCACGGCGCCAGCCGAGAAGGCGGAGCUGCUGGAGCAGAGCCGCGGCCGUAUCGAGGGCCUAUUCGGCGUAAACCUGGCCGUGCUCGGCGCGCUAGGGGCUGAGGAGCCGCUGCCCGCGCGCAUCUGGCUGCAGCUCUGCGGGGCGCAGGAGGCGGUGCACAGCGCCAAGGAAUAUAUUAAAGGAAUCUGUGAACCUGAACUAGAAGAAAGAGAAUGUUACCCCAAAGACAUGCACUGCAUUUUUGUUGGGGCAGAGAGCCUGUUUCUGAAAAGCUUGAUUCAGGAUACUUGUGCUGACCUCUGCAUUCUGGACAUUGGCCUUCUUGGCAUCAGAGGAAGUGCUGAGGCCGUGGUCAUGGCUAGGAGUCACAUUCAACAGUUUGUAAAGCUCUUUGAAAAUAAAGAGAACCUACCCAGUAGUCAGAAAGAAUCAGAGGUGAAAAGGGAAUUCAAACAAUUUGUUGAAGCCCAUGCAGACAAUUACACAAUGGAUUUGUUGAUUUUGCCCACUUCCUUGAAAAAAGAACUUUUGACACUCACACAAGGUGAGGAGAAUCUCUUUGAAACAGGAGAUGAUGAUGUUAUUGAAAUUAGAGAUUCUCAACAAACAGAGUUUACACAGAAUGCUGCCACAGGGCUGAAUAUUUCCAGAGAUGAAAGUGUUUUGCAGGAAGAGGCAAGAAAUAAAGCUGGGACUCCUGUUUCUGAGCUUACAAAACAAAUGGACACAGUCCUUUCUAGCUCACCAGAUGUGCUUUUUGAUCCAAUAAAUGGUCUAACCCCAGAUGAAGAGGCACUUUCCAAUGAGAGAAUUUGUCAGAAAAGGAGAUUUUCUGAUUCUGAAGAAAGGCAUACCAAGAAGCAGUUUUCUUUGGAAAAUGUUCAGGAGGGGGAGAUUUUACAUGAUGCUAAGACAUUGGCUGGAAAUGUAAUAGCUGACCUAUCUGAUUGUUCUACUGAUUCUGAAAAUUUAAGUCCAGAUAUAAAAGAAACUACUGAGGAAAUGGAAUACAACAUCCUCGUAAACUUUUUUAAAACCAUGGGCUAUUCCCAAGAAAUUGUUGAAAAAGUCAUUAAGGUGUAUGGACCAUCUACUGAACCAUUAUUGCUCUUAGAGGAAAUUGAAAAAGAAAAUAAAAGAUUCCAAGAAGACAGAGAAUUUUCAGCUGGUACAAUGUAUCCAGAGACCAACAAAACCAAAAAUAAGGGUGUUUAUAGCAGCACAAAUGAGCUUACAACUGAUUCCACUCCAAAGAAAACACAGACUCACGCACAGCAAAAUAUGGCAGAAAAAUUUUCUCAGUUACCAUUCAAAGUGGAAGCUAAACCAUGUACCUCAAAUUGCAGAAUUAAUACUUUCAGAACAGUGCCAAUAGAACAGAAACAUGAAGUCUGGGGUUCAAACCAGAACUAUGUUUGUAACAUAGACCCUGAAACUGAUGGCCUUUCACCUUCUGUUGCCUCUUCAAGUCCCAAAGAAGUCAAUUUUGUUUCAAGGGGAGCUUCAAGUCACCAGCCCAGAGUUCCAGUUUUUCCUGAAAAUGGUUUACACCAGCAGCCAGAACCCUUGCUUCCAAAUAAUAUGAAAUCUGCCUGUGAAAAACGUUUAGGAUGUUGUAGUUCUCCUCAUUCUAAGCCAAAUUGUUCAACCCUUUCUCCACCAAUGCCACUGCCCCAGCUGUUACCUUCAGUUACUGAUGCAAGGUCGGCAGGACCUUCUGAUCAUAUUGAUUCCUCAGUUACUGGAGUUCAAAGAUUUCGAGAUACUCUAAAAGUACCCUACAAGCUGGAAUUAAAAAAUGAACCAGGGAGAACAGAUUUGAAGCACAUUGUUAUAGAUGGGAGCAAUGUUGCAAUUACCCAUGGUCUGAAAAAGUUCUUUUCUUGUCGUGGAAUUGCAAUUGCGGUUGAAUAUUUUUGGAAGCUUGGCAACAGAAACAUCACCGUAUUUGUCCCUCAGUGGAGAACAAGGCGUGAUCCUAAUGUCACAGAACAGCACUUCUUAACCCAGCUCCAGGAGCUCGGAAUAUUAUCUUUAACUCCUGCCCGGAUGGUCUUUGGAGAAAGAAUUGCUUCUCAUGAUGACAGGUUUCUACUACACUUAGCGGACAAAACUGGUGGUAUAAUUGUGACAAAUGAUAAUUUCAGAGAAUUUGUGAAUGAGUCAGUCUCUUGGAGAGAAAUUAUUACAAAAAGGCUGCUGCAGUACACGUUCGUGGGGGACAUAUUUAUGGUUCCUGAUGAUCCUCUGGGAAGAAGUGGACCUCGAUUAGAGGAGUUUCUUCAGAAGGAAGUCUGUCUUAGAGAUAUGCAGCCCCUACUCAGUGCCCUGCCAAAUGUGGGCAUGUUUGACCCCAGCUUCAGAGUCCCUGGCACCCAGGCAGCCGGCACCAGCCACCAGCCUCCGACCCGGAUUCAGGGAGCCCCUUCAAGUCACUGGCUCCCUCAGCAGCCCCACUUCCCACUGCUGCCAACCCUCCCCAAUCUCCAGCAGAACCUGCCCAUGCCAGCUCAGCGAUCUUCUGCAGAAACCAACGAGCUGAGGGAAGCCCUUCUGAAGAUCUUCCCUGACUCAGAGCAAAGACUGAAAAUAGACCAGAUCUUGGUGGCCCACCCAUACAUGAAAGAUCUAAACGCGCUCUCUGCCAUGGUGUUGGAUUGAAGAUUGUGCUGAGAAGCUUGCGCUCAGGGCUGGCUGAUCAAACUCAAGCUCACACCUGUACCUGAUGGGAAUGUGAAGAAACUUAUUUCCCAGUGUAAACGCAGUUGUAUAGAAAAAAAAAUGUUUUGUGUAUAAAUCUGGGUUUUCAAAACCAGCUUUUUUCUAUAUAUAAAUUAUGCUGCUAUUACAGAUUUAACAUUUUCUGUUAAAGGAAAGUCUACAUUUUCUGCCUGUUCAGAACUGUUUAAUAGCAGUUACUCUUGAGUGUAUUUACCUUUUUAUGUUUUUUAAACUAUUUUCCUUAAAGCCGAAAAUAUUGACAAAUGGAUAUGGUUAGCCUUUAUAAAUAAAUAAAUAAAAAAAAAAGAGCUGCUUUCUUAAGGAAAGCAAGACCUCUUAAAGUAUAUUUUCUUGAGAUGAAUAUGUCCCGUCACUACCAUGAAAUGUGCUCACCCUUCCAGCCUCCUCUGCCCUCACCCCCGGAAUUAGAGUGGGUAAGAGUUGGUUUGUCCUGCAGAGUCUUUGGUUGGAGCAUUGUGAAAGUGGACCCGCGGUGCCACUAGAUGGCACUUGGUGCCUAGCGGUGGUGAAUGACCAGGGCGAAGUUAGACUCACAGGAUACCAGGGCUAGAAGAUAUUGUGGAGCCCAUGGAGUCCCACCCUUCCCCUUCCACCCUGCGUAAAAGGGGACGGCCCAGUGUGCACGCCGUCCGGCCAUACCCAUAACCACAGCCACAGCUGAGGAGUGGCUGGGCAGGCAGCAGGCUCCCCAGCCAGGGCUUGACACGCUCACAGGCUAAGGCCUCCACACACCUGGCCUGGCUCUGGAAGUCACUUCUUAGCUUCUGAACACCAUAGCGGGUCAUGAGGAAGUUUAAUAAAGAGCCUGGUCACUGGCCAUCUUGUGUCCGCAACUGCAGAAGACGCCCUGAUGUGGAGUUUGUACAGCUUUGCCAAAAAAUGAUUUUCUACUCUCAAAAAUGACCCAAGCCAAUAAAUAGCAUUAGUAGCUUCUGUUGGGGGGAGGGAAUGGGGGGGCCAGAGCCCUUGUAUUUAUUUUCCCUGUGUUUGUCUCUCUGGUGUCCUCCUAAACAGCCUUUCUUGUGAGUCUUUCUCAGAAUUGAUAUCUUAAUAUUGUCUGUUCUAGGUGUUGCCCAAAUUCAGUGUCAGUGAAGUUCUUUUCCUGGGCAAUCUUAACAUCUUUACUCUUACUGUCUGGAUCUUCAAAGGGCUUUGUAUUUUACACCUGCGUCCCCAGGCUGCUCAUAGUCGGCUUCCUGCCUGUCCGUAGAUCAUGUCUCUCUUGGGCCUAAGGAGUGGAGGCUGAGGACUCAGUGCUGGUUUGUUCAUGGUGAGGGGACUGGGGGGCAUCCCAGAGUGCUACCUCCAGGCCUGCUUCUUGGUUUUGUUUGAUCGCUGCAUCCUUCAAGGGAUGAAUCCGGAGCUCUCCAUGAGGCCAGGCUUGUCCUUCAAUCAUGUUUCCUCUCAGAUGCGUCCAUGAUGCCUCCUAAUGUGGAAGUGGUUGUUCAUUGUUUGGGCCGGUGGCCAAGUCACCCAGCUGUGGAAGCAGAGGUAGAAGACAAGGCCAGCCAGGAGGGCAACUUCAGUCACAGCUCCCAUGCCUCAGCUUUGCACCUGUUUUCAAAAGCACAACUGAGGUGUGCGGCCUGGGGCUGUCUUGCAGUGACUCUGGCCUUCUGGCUCACGUUUCGGUCCAGCAGCCUGGCUGACCCACUAUUUCUCCUCUGCUUCAGAGAGGAAACCCAGGAGACGCCCUGACCGCCAGACUGAGUCUCCACCCAUGCUGGCUGGUGCUGGCUAGGCUGAGGGGCUCACCACUUCUCCCGGCUCUAGAAGCUAUUUGACCCUUGACGUUUGAGUUCUGUAAGUCUUUCUGUUCUGACUAUUGCUUCGGAGAGAUUGGCCCGUCCCCUUUCCCUUUCUUGGCUGUGGGAAGGAAGGAAGAGCAAAGUGCUCAUUGGUUCCCUUCAUCAGUGACAGCAUGAGACGGAAUUCAUCAUUCCUUCUGAAACCCCUCAGGUUUAGUUAAAUUUAAUAUUUAAAAACUCAAAUUAUCAAACCAUUAAAAACUCAUUACUGGUUCUCAGCCUCCCCCAGUACUAGCCUCAGUGUGGCUGCUGCGUAAGUAUCUGUAGCCUGUCUACCUCCUGCAGCGGGGCCGCCCGCCGCUUCCCUGUCUACUGCUCAGGCUCUCCCACUUCGUGGCAUCCAUGUAAAGUAGCUGGCAGAAGAGAGAUGUCACCCUCAUUCAACAGACGGGAUGUGUGUUGCUCAGAGAGGUUAUCCUGAGGGGCUGGGUGAUUCCCUGGCCUACAUUCUUCCCGAGGCUCCAGGCCACUGUCUUCGGGAGUAAAAGAGCCUUGUCUGACCUUAAUGCAGGCAGUCUGUUUGAACCCCUGUAGGCUGCAUUCAGGAGACAGAAGGUGUCUGGGCCAUCCUGGAUGGCCGGUCAGCAUUGCUAGGCAGGCUCGGCUAUGUGGCUGGGACUCAGGCCUGGGUGGCUUUUGAGACCAGUGAAGGGAGAGCCGGCCUCCUGCCCAUGCAGGCUUGUGACACGGCUGGGAUAUGAGGGAGGACUCAGAUCUACACACAGAAAUGCCUCUUUUCCCUGCCCUCCCCCAGCUCCCACCUGCCUCCCACACCUCAGGUGUGGCUGCCCGUGGGACCGUCCCUCAACCCCUUUCCUCGCACCUCCUCGUCUUCACCCAGUUCCUGCAGUGUCUCUGACCCACACCUCCCGCCUCCUGGCCGACUUGCCCAGGCAGUGGCUCUGGCUCACCUCCAUCUGUUCAUCACCUUCCUCCCCAGUGUUGCCAUUUAUCUCAGAUGUUUUAGAUUGAAACAGCCUGAUUCCCAGAAGAAUCCUCUUCAUUCAUUGCUAGUGCUUCCCCUCACCUCCCACUCUCCACUUCCCAGUUUGCAAAUGUGGCUUUCGCCCACCAAGUGAAAGUGGACUGAGAGCAGCCCUUGGGGACAGCCCGGUGCCUGGCUGCAAGGCCGCGCUGGGGCUGUCUUGCUGGCGCACGUGGCUUGACUGGACUUUCCCUGCUUCCCACCACUUCCCUCACUCCCAGACCUCCCUCAUUCUUUUUUUCUCUUCUUUUUGCCUAAAGCCAGCCCUUAACACCCUAUUCUUCCUCAGCAAAUGGUUUGCAGACUAGCUGGAAAGGGCAGCUGGUGUUAAGAAUGCAGGUUACCGGGCAUGACCCAGCAGAUGCUUGCCCAGUAGUUCUAGAGAAGGCCCAGGAAUCUGCAAAUGAGCACAUUCCCCAGGCAGUUCCCAUGCAGGUGAUCAACGGACCACAUGUUGAGAAACCGCAGUCACCCUUAGGGCCACACUGUCCCUGUCCCCACUGUCCCCUCUCUGUAGUGACCUCCAGCCCUGCCCUUCAGGAGUGCACUUCCCACUCUACUAGGAAGCCCUAUGGCAUCCUCAGGCUUCCAAGACCCGCAGCCUGCUCUGGGUCCCUCCCUCCUUCCACACCCACCCUCCGUAUGAUCCCCUGCUCUGCCCUUGUGCUUGGCUGCCCCCUGCCCGCUACUCUCAAGACACCCAGGGGUGGUGGGCCCUAACUGGCCAGCCCCUCCCAGCACUGUCCUCUGCCAUCGAGACACCGCAAUGCAGCCAGAUUUACCUUCCAGUAACAUACUUCUAGUCACCCCUCCUCCUGCGAAGUGAUCUGCAAUGGCUGUUUGACCAGAGCACCAAGUUCACACCUCCUGAGCUUGGUGUCCGUGGCUGUCCACCUCCCAGCCAUACUUGGCUGUCCCCAAACGCUCCCUGUGGCCACACGUUUCCCAUGACCUGUGGGCUCCGCAGAUGGACCUCUCUCCGCUAGAGAUGCCCUUCUCCCAAAUGACUUCCCUCCUGGAAGGCCCAGCCUGAGUCUCGUCCCCUUUCCAGUGCUUCUGCCAGAAGCAGCCCCAUGAUGUUCUGUGACUGCACAGCACUUUGUGUCUUGCUCUGGGCACUUGCCGCUCUGGCUCGUGCUGCCGCCGCUGAUUGUGUACUGUGUCUUGCUGCCCUUUCUAGACUGUGAGCUCCUCGCGGGCAGGGACCGCCUGUGUUCUCUGUAUUUCCCACGGCGCCUAGCACAGUGCCUUGCACUUGAUAGGUGCUCAAUAAAUGUCUGCUCAACUGAA